GUCGCGUCUGCAAAUGGGUGUUCCCCCACUCCACUUCCCAUUGGGUUGGCACACACGGGAGGAUGAGCCACGUAAUGUGUAUCCAGAAUAGCACUCAUAUGUGGUCUUAUUGUUGACAAAAUACUGCAUUUGUAAAGGAAAGACAGAACCACUUUCCAAAACCAAGGGGUUCGGGCAUUCAACCACUAAAAGAAAAGAAAAUGGAGGAAGCAGUGUUUAAGUAGCGUUCAGCUUAUUUCAAAUAUUGUUUUUAUUAAAAGUACCAGUGCAAGGAAUUGUUACUCACUCUUGCACUUUUGAACAGGCCUUAUAUGGGGAGUCGGUGACCAAGUUCCACUUUUCUGGCACAAGCGAGUUAAAGCUGGAUAGGGAUAGUACUCGUCUGGACAGUGGUAUAUCAGCAUACUGCCGUACGCAAGCUUCUUGGUAAGUGUGUAAUGACCUCCUUCCACGCCCACAUUCUCCUCUUUACAGAAGACUUCACACAGAACACUGACACCUGUGAGGUCAGUGCAGGAAGAUGUUCAGGUAUUUUACACAUAGGCAUGACUGGGCCCAGGUUGGGAACCUGGCUACAAUAGCAGAAAACGUCAGAGUUUUGUCAAAUCAAAAUUCUUCAUAGUAUACAGAAGCCUAAUGGACGGAGUCAAAGCUGAAGAUGUUUGUGUGUGUGUGUGCGUGUGUGUGCGUGCGUGCGUGCGCGUAAUACCCCAAUAAUCAUUGAUGUUAAUCAUUAUGACAUCCAAUCAUUUUUAUAUGAUCACCCCAAACGUAAAAUCCCACAGUCAAAAAGUAUUGGACGGUAAAUUUCAAUCAAAUACAACACGUGGUUAAAAAAAUCCCUCUUGUAUAUAUUUAUUUUGAGUACAUGUAUUUCCUUUUUCCAGCCCCUGUUGUAUCAUCCAGAAUACAGGACAAUUUGGAAAAAUGUGCAACAAACGUUUCUAAAAGACUCAAGAGUAUCAGGAUGACUACCCAGAAGAAUGCCCCUGUGGACCGAGGCUGUGCUGUGGCCGUCAUCAUCUUUAUCCUGGGACUGGGGACACUGCUGCCAUGGAACUUCUUCAUCACCACCACUGAGUAUUUCGACGACCGCCUCAAAGGGACCCCGUCAAGUUACGGAAUGACCCCAGUUACUAAUGGAACGACCCCAGUUACGAAUGGAACGACCCCAGUUACUAAAGACUACAAAUUUGCCAGCUUUAUGACCCUUCUAUCCCAGCUGCCCCUGCUCCUCUUCACCCUAGCCAACUCGUUCCUGUACCAAUGUAUCAGAGAGAAGGUCCGGAUUGCUGUCAGUCUGGUCUCCAUCCUCUGCCUCUUCCUCCUCACGGCCAUUAUGGUCAAGGUGCCCAUGCAGCCCGACAGCUUCUUCUCUAUUACCAUGGCAACUAUCUGGUUCAUCAACUCUUUUGGAGCUGUGCUCCAGGGCAGUCUGUUUGGGCUGGUAGGAAUGCUCCCCCCGAAGUACAGCACAUUGUAUCUGAGUGGUCAGGGACUGGCAGGGAUCUUCGCUGCUCUGGCCAGUCUGCUCUCUAUCCUCAGUGAAACAGACAAGGCCAGUGCUGCUCUUGGGUACUUCAUAACCCCCUGUUUGGCAACUCUGCUCACUUUGCUCAGCUACUUACUACUGCCACACCUGGAGUUUGCCCGGUUUUACUUUGAGAAAAGUAAAAGUCACCAUGACCAACUGGCGACCUCAAGCGAGCCUCUCAAAAGUGCAGACAAAGAAAAAGAAGCUUUGGACAAUGGUGACCUGAAUGGCUACAACAAUAAACCCAUAAUAACAAAUGGUGAUUUUGAGGCCAGUGGGACCAAAGAAGCCCUGUCCAUGACGAAACAGACUGACAGUCACACCAGGUCAUCUGUCCUGGCAGUCUUCAAAAAGAUUUGGGUGAUGGCCCUCUGUGUGACGUGUGUGCUGGCUGUCACACUGUCGGUUUUCCCCGCUGUCACAGUAAAAGUGAAGAGUGUGUAUGGAAACAAGGAGUGGGACCGAUACUUUCUCUGUGUCUGCUGCUUCGUCGUCUUUAACGCCAUGGACCUGAUUGGCCGCAGUGUCACCUCUAUGGUUCAGUGGCCCUCAAAGAGAAGCCGUCUGUUGCCAGUGCUCGUGGUGUCCCGUGUGGUCUUCAUCCCUCUCAUUAUGCUGUGUAACACUGACAACCGUCAGUACCUGCCAGUCCUGUUCUCCCAUGACGUUGCCUUCGUUGCCAUCAUGACAUUAUUCGCUGUGUCCAAUGGAUACUUCAUCUGUCUCUGCAUGUCCUACGCACCUCAGUUGGUGAGGUCUAAAGACUGUGAGACAACAGGGGCCUUGAUGACCUUCUUCCUGGCUCUGGGUCUCUCUCUAGGGGCAGCCCUCUCCUUCCUGCUGAGGAACCUGCUUUAGAGAACACUACCUUCUACAUACCGCUCUAACCAAACUAAGUCUGGUUACACUCUUAUAAAAAUAGACUGCUAUCUUGAACCUAAAAGGGUUAUCCAUCUGUCCCCAUAGGAGAACCCUUUGAAGAAGCCUUUUUGAAUCCAGGCAGAACCCUUUUGGGUUCCAUGUAGAACCCUCU